CACGGGCUCCCCUCGCCCGGCAGAGAAACAGCUGGAAAAGGUUCCCUGAGACGAGAAGGCUGCUCAUCUUCCUCUGGCCAUACGUUGUAAAGGAAGUAAUGCAUGCAGAGUAACAGAACACUGCGUGGUGAGCGAGUGUGAAAUGCUCGGGCUGUGAUUCAACUCUUCGCUGCCUGCCGGAAUCCAACUGGCUCUGAAAUUGAGAGGAACUUUUAUUUCCAUUCAGCUGUCGAGUUCUUCUCUUGAUUGGAGUGCAUAUUGGAAUAACAUCUCCAGCGAUGCCCAUGCCCUUCAGAGCCAGGGGGCUGCCUCCCGGGCAUGGCCACCGGGCCUCCUGCAGCCCCCUGAGUCCGCUCCUGCCUGGCCCCCUGCACCCGCCCCCCGCCAAGGGCCUUUACUACCGCAGGGCCCGCCAGGUGGGCGCCCUGGACGCCUCCCCGGCCGCGGACCUGAAGAAGGAGAUCCUGGUCAACGUCGGGGGCAGGCGGUACGUCCUCCCCUGGAGCACCCUGGACGACUUUCCGCUGAGCCGCCUGAGCAAACUCAGGUUGUGCCGCAACCACGAGGAGAUCUCACAGCUCUGCGAUGAUUACGACGAGGACAACCAGGAGUUCUUCUUUGACCGGAGCCCCAGUGCGUUCGGCAUGAUCGUGAGCUUCCUGGCGGCCGGCCGGCUGGCCCUGCUGCGGGGGACGUGCGUGCUGUCCUUCCGGGAAGAGCUGGCCUACUGGGGCAUCGAGGAGGCCCACCUGGAGAAAUGCUGCCUGCGCGAGCUGCUCAGGAAGCUGGAGGAGCUGGCCGAGCUGCGCCAGCAGGAGACGCUGCACCUGCAGCAGGAGGCCAGGCGCCCCUCGGGGGACCCCUCUCGCUGGGGGGUCUUCAUGCACUGGCUGCGGGAGACCGUGGAAAACCCGCACUCCGGGCUCCCCGGCAAGGUCUUUGCUUGUCUGUCCAUCCUCUUUGUGGCCACCACAGCGGUCAGCCUGUGUGUCAGCACCAUGCCCGACCUGAGGGCCGAGGAAGACAAGGGUGAGUGCUCUCAGAAGUGCUACUAUAUUUUCAUCGUGGAGACGGUCUGCGUGGCCUGGUUUUCCCUGGAGUUCUGUCUGCGGUUUGUCCAGGCCCAGAACAAGUGCGAGUUUUUCCAAGGCCCCCUGAACAUCAUCGACAUCCUGGCCAUCUCCCCGUACUACGUGUCCCUGGCGGUGUCGGGCGAGCCCCGGGAGGAUGGCGAGAGGCCAGGCGGGGGCUCCUACCUGGAGAAGGUGGGGCUGGCGCUGAGGGUGCUGCGGGCGCUGCGCAUCCUCUACGUGAUGCGCCUGGCCCGCCACUCGCUGGGGCUGCAGAGCCUGGGCCUCACCGUGCGCCGCUGCACGCGCGAGUUUGGCCUGCUCCUCCUCUUCCUCUGCGUGGCCGUCACCCUCUUCUCCCCUCUGGUCUAUGUGGCCGAGAACGAGUCCGGGCGGGUCCUGGAGUUCACCAGCAUCCCGGCCUCCUACUGGUGGGCCGUCAUCUCCAUGACCACGGUGGGCUACGGAGACAUGGUCCCGCGCAGCGUGCCGGGCCAGAUGGUGGCCCUCAGCAGCAUCCUGAGUGGGAUCCUCAUCAUGGCCUUCCCAGCCACAUCCAUCUUCCACACCUUCUCACACUCCUACCUGGAGCUCAAGAAGGAGCAGGAGCAACUCCAAGCGCGCCUUCGCCACCUGCAACACGCCGCCACGGCCGGUGAACACGAACUCCUGGGUGACGUCGACGACCUGGUCCCAGAGGGCCCCACCUUGCCCACUAACUACAUUUAACUCAAAACCCUCCAUGAAAAGGGCAGGACUGCAACCCAGCGCCCUCGGCUGACCCAGCUAGAGAACACCAGGUGUAGACCAUCUGGUAGGAUGUUUCUA